UAUUCAUAAAAAAACUUAUUGAAGGUUUAUAGAGCUCAUUAGUUAAAACAUUCAUUAGCGCUAUUGAAGGUUUAUAGAAGUGCGUUAUUCAUAAACCUAUUAUAAAGCCUCGCUAACUAAUAGAGGUUUAUAGGACUGUUUUUAUCAUUAUGUUGCAAUCUUGACGUUGGACUGUUUUACCAUAUACGCAGGUGACGUAAUCAGUGUUGCUAUUUUAGUUGCUUCACCACUAAAUCUAGCAGAAUUAACUCCUCCAGUAUUGAACAAAUUAUGUAAAUUAAUACAUUUUUAUACAUUUUCCUAUUGAAUAUAUAUAAAAUUGUAUUUUUUUAUUGUAAUUGUAUUUCUAUUUAAUAAAGUUAAGGGAAGAUAGAAGUAUUUCUACAUAGUUUUUAAAUAUUACAAUGAUUUUUGGUUUAAAUAUGCAUGUAUUUUUAUGCAAAUUUUUAAUAUAAUGGUUUCAAGUAGUUUUAUUAAUUCAUUAAUAUUGAUUUAAAUAUUUUGUAAAACUCGAGGUUUCUUUGCUAUAUAGUGGAUUCAAUAAAACAUCGUUGGCAACACUGGUUCUGUCAAAACGAUUGUUUUAUUUAAAAUUGCAUGUUAUAAUUUACGAUUGGUUUAAUAUAGUUACGUUAGAAUUAGAAUUAACGGAUUGAUUACAUAUUACGGAUUUCAUUGUCUAGUAAAUUUUAAAAUGGAUAAACAAAAGAGAGCACGAAGCGAAAAUUGGUUGGAAGACGACAAGAAUUUAUUGUUGGAAUUGAUCCGCGAACGUGUCGCCGUACUAGAAAAUAAGAAUACGGAUACGAAUACCAACAACUGUAAAAAGAAAGGAUGGCUGGAAGUUAUGGAUAGUUUUAAUGCAAUGUGCAAAGGUAGCAGACGCACAUUGCAACAAAUAAAAUCUCAGUGGGGAGUCAUCAAAAUAUGUAAAAAGAAAAAUUUAGCAGACCAGAGGCGAUCUCUGAAUAAAACUGGUGGAGGACCACCUACUGUGACUGUUCCAGUGGACAGUACAGACAUAUUGGCAUGGUUACCGCAGGAGUUUUACGUGGACACCAAUCUAUAUGACUCUGACGCUAAAACAGGAAUUCCAGAUGAUCAUAUAAAUGAAAUAGAUGUACCUGUAAGCGCUAUUCCAGACAAACCUAGAGAACCAAAACUGAAUGAAAAAGCACCGGAGAUGCCAGAAAUUAUUUUGGAUCUUGAUGAAAUUAUUGAAAAUUCUCAAAGUGGCAGCACCAAAGAAUAUAUUUCAAAUGAAGGAAAGAAAUGUAAUAAAAAAAGAAAGCUCACAAAUACAAACAAUUAUAUACAAAAAAUAGCUGAUACAGAGAUCAAGAACAAAAAUGAAUUACAUAAUAUACAAAUGGAUAAUGAAAGAAAGAAAGCAAGAAAUUUAGACUUGGAGUAUGAAAUUCUACAACAAAAAUUGAUAUUUUAUAGAAAGAAAAACAAUCCAAGCCCAUAAUUUAUUGAAAAAUAUAAUGUAUUGCUACUUAUCAAAACACAGCUUAAACAACAAGGAUUAGAAACAUGUCUGUAUAACUAUAUUCAAUGGAUGACUGUGACUGCAUCAUAUAUCAGAAGAUAUAAAUAACAACAAUGUAUAAACUACAUUAAAACUUUGUCCUUUACACAUAAUCUGGAUAAAUAGUUUGAAAGUUACAUAUUCAUAGCAGACCUGUGAGGCUUCAAAAAUAAUUAAUUCUGGAAGAUUUUUACAAAAAUACAUUUUCAUAUGAAGUCACAGGCAACCGCUAGUUGUAAUAAUUGUGUAACAGUGCAAAUUAUGAAUGCACUGAAGUUGAUAAUCAUUUCAUAGUAAACAAAUUAGUGUUUGUACAGAAACUUGUAUAGUAAAUUUUUUGUAAAAAUUGUGUUUAUUAAAUAAUA